AUGAAGGAGUUGAAGAACCAUUUGAAAGUUGACAUGGAAAGUCCAGCACUUGGAAUGAUAGUCGGUUCUUCCACUGUCAAUUACCAGGACGUCCCUGUGUCAGAUUUCCGAAUUUGCGAUCGACUUAGGGAAAGUAUUAGCUCGUUUUUCGAGAAGGAUGAAGAACCGUACAGAUCUAUGAUCCAACAAUCCAAGUCUGAAUGGAAAGAUGCAUGUCACAAGAGAUCUAUUGGGGACGUAGAAACAUUGUUGAAUACUCAUAUCCGCCCUGAUUACCAUUUCAAUCCUCUGAACAGCUCUACUGAGACUUACCACGAAAUAUCGCCAUCAAUCACAUCGGAGGCUACGUUGUCGCCUAACAAGUUGGAAUCCAUGAUUACUAUCGCGAGCCAAGAAGCAGAAAAGCAAGAAGUCGAUAUGAACACCAGAGCCGAUACGACCCCUUCCUCAGUUCAUGCUUCUGUCUUAGCUUCUAAUAGAUGUCACUGGAACGACGGACGCGAAAAAUAUACGUCAAAUCUCAAAUCGGUUGUUAGUAAAGUCGUCGAUGACCAAAGUCACUUAUCAUCUGAGAAAUGGAGUUCACAAGGUAAUCUACUACCUUGUGUGUAUCCUAUGAAGUUGAACAAUAAAGGUGGAGAGACUUACAAUAGAUCCACAAGGGAACAUUUCGGAUCGAUGGACGUUCCUCCUACUGUCCAAUUUUGGCGAUCCAAAGGAGAUUCAGUCCGGGAUGGAACGGAAAACGAAACUUUCUUACCUAAUGGAGAUGAUUUGGAAAUUAGGAUGAAACUUGCUAAGAUUAACAGUAUAGCUAGCGAAUCCAAACGAUCAGAAUGGAACGUUUGA